GACAGCAAUGCUGUGACGUCCUCAGCUCUCUGUAUGAAUCAAAAAUAUGGCGGCUGCCAUGGAGCUGAGAUGCUGGGGAGCAGACUGGGGGCUUCCCUCUGUCCACACCGACUCUCUUAUAGUUCUGGCCUACGCAAAAUUUGCUGGAGCGAAGCUCACAGUUUGUCCUGUGGACUGGACAUGGAAAACCUUAACAGCAAGCCUCCCAGAGCUGGUUUGUGGGGACUCUGUGGUUCAAGAACCAACACAGAUUCUAAACUUUCUAAGAAAACAAAGGUUUAAUGCUGAUUAUGAGCUGACAGCCAGACAGGGAGCAGACACUAUGGCCUUCAUCGCGUUACUGGAGGAGAAACUGCGACCGGCUCUGUUGCACACAUUCUGGGUGGAUGCAGAGAAUUACAGCAAUUUGACGCGACCAUGGUUUGCCUCCCACUCUCCGUUCCCGCUCAACUUUUUCAUCCCUGGUCGUCUUGCGAACAUCGCCCUCGACCGCAUCCUGUUGACAAAAGGAGAGGGGCUGUUACACAGAAUCACUGGGGUGGAGGGAAAGAUCUACAGUGAUGCUAAAGAGUGUCUGAACCUCAUCUCCUACAGACUGGGAACUGCAAACUACUUCUUUGACAACUCCCCAAGCAGCCUGGAUGCGUUUGUGUUUGGAUUUCUGGCACCGCUUCACAAAGCAGACCUCACCAGCAGCCCUCUGCAGAGCCACCUCAGACAGUUGGACAACCUCACUCGCUUCUGUGACAACAUCCUUGCAGCCCACUUUGGUGCAGAUAAACCCUGCCCUCUUCCUCCUGUUCAGGAAACAAUGGAUGCCAACCUGCAGAAACUAACACAACUUGUAAACAAAGAGUCCAACUUGAUAGAAAAGAUGGAUGACAACCUUCGCAGCAGUCCACAGCACAAACCUCACAGACCAGACCCCAAACCCAGUCUGUCCGGUUCAAAGAGCUCCCUCCCUGCCUAGCAGCCAACAUCCCACCUCAUCCUGCUCAGCAAAGGAGCGCCAUGGAAACUUCAACCAAAUUCAAAAUCCUGCAAAGAGGGGGGAAAAAAGCUCAUAAAAACAGGACGGGGGCUGAAAUGGAAGAACUUCAUUAAUAAUGUUGCUAUGAGUGUAUAAUUAAGAGACUAAACAAUAAUGAUGAUAGAUUUUAAAGCUGUUCAUCUGAAAAAGAAGGAAAAGUGCAUGUGAGGUGUAUUUAUACAUGACGAGAGCAUGCAUGUGGUCAAAGGGUGGAAACCUAUGGAAUGGUUCUGGAUGAUGGAGACACUAAAUGUUCUAAGGGACACGGGGGAAUGAGAAGCCCAAUGGGGAAAAUAAGAGAUAAAGUUAUAUUUAAAGGGACGUGCACAUGAAUCCUCCCUGUUUGAGAUGAUCUAAAUCUUGCAUUAGCAGCUCUUGGUUAAAUACUUAUUUAUCCCACCCUCUCAAAAUGCUUUAUUUACAACAGAGGAUCUUAUGACGUACUCCCUGUGCACAAGAUGUUUUAUUUUCCUCAAAUCAGCUUUAAAAUAUUCUGUAAUUUAUUUGAGGCAAUUAAUUUAUAGUCUGUAUCAAAUCAAGGUCACACGUGUUUGGCCAGUUUAUUUAUUUAGUGUUCUGUGAUUCACUGUAGAUAAUUGUAUAGUUCUAGGUGAGAUGAUAAUCUGCUUUGUUGUGAUUUCCUCCUCAUAGGGCUGAUCAGCUUAGUCAAAAACAAACUAAGGAGUUGCACUUUUUAUAGUUUCUCAUGCAUAAUAUGUAGGACUAAUUGUCAUCUUAAUGUGAUAAUAACAAUCAAACCACCUCAUGUUGCCUCCAUUUAUAUGCAGCUAUUUUUUGCACAUUUAUUUAGUGUUUUCUGCCAUGUUGUUUCCAAUUUGCAGUGCCUGUUUUUUUUUUUCCGUUUCAACCUAAGUGUAAUUUGAGGCCAUUUCAUGGUUGUUGUUUGUUUUUAUGGUUAAACAAUCUCCAUCCAUUCCAUCUUCUGACUCAACUUCCUCACAUUCGGUGACAUUCCCUUUAAAGCUCCAUCUUUUAGGAAAAAACCAGAUGGUUGCAGCGUGCCUUCAUGAUUACUGGUUUCCUUUUAAAUGUUCCUGGGAGUUUUGGAAAUGCGUCAUACAUGAUCAUUUGCUUUUUCAUUCCAUGUUGGGAACAACAUACCUUUAUGUUAUUUAAAUAUUAAAAAUAUAGGAAACAGAAUGACAUCUG